AUGUGGGAACAAGUAUUCGAAAGCCCUCAUAUGAGCACGCGGUUUGUGCGGCGCUUGCUGUUUGGCAAGACUGCGACCACACUUCGCUCAUUGCGCAUCCAUGGAAUCGGCGUAUCGAUGCAGCAGCUUCAAAUGCUGGCGCUCUCGACCCUGUCAAACCAUCUCGAAGAGCUUGUAUUGCAUCUGUACGAGCUUGACCUAGAUAUGCUUGCGCUAUACAUGUCCAAGUUUGUCCAGCUUCGCCGCGUGCAAUUUCUUUCGCACGCGGGCUCCGAAGCAGAGCUUACCAAGGACGAUCUUAUUUUCCUUGCGCAACACUGUGGGCCAUGGCUGCAACAGAUUGGAUUUCGAAAUAGAGUGCAUCUUGUCGAGAAGUGCAAAUCAGAACUCGUACUACGCCGCUGGGACAUGGUGGCUGGGCUCUUCCCUGCCUGUAUGGUGGUCGUGCGAUCAUAA